GCGCGGGCUGGCUGGGACUUUUCUGAUCGGAUGCUGUGCUGAGAAAUGCAGUUGGCGCCAUUGUUCCCAUGGCUUAUUAUCCUUUCCAAAUUCGCGGACCAGGUGCCUUGUCCUUGUCAGCCUUCCUUACCAGCGCACAGCCUUCUUUUCCCGCCGCGCCGACUUUUCCGGACGCCGCGUCCUUCUCCAAGUCUCUGUCAGAGCAAGCACCCCCUGACGCGGGGCUGCACGCAGGUCUGGGGUGCCAAAAUGAGGCCGUUCAGCAACGUUCCUUGAAGAGACUUGAGCCAGAAGAAUGGUUGGACGAGGACCCGAAAGUUACGCUGGAAUCAAAGAACUUGUGGAGUGAAUUUCACAAAAUAGGAACUGAAAUGGUUAUCACAAAAUCAGGAAGGAGGAUGUUUCCCCCUUUCAAAGUGCAAGUAGAAGGGCUGAAUGAUACAGCCAAGUACAUCUUGCUGAUGGACAUUGUCGCUGUCGACGACUGUCGCUACAAGUUUCACAACUCCCGCUGGAUGAUGGCUGGAAAAGCUGACCCAGAGAUGCCAAAGCGCAUGUACAUCCACCCGGACAGUCCGUCUAAAGGAGAACAAUGGAUGAGCAAGCCUGUUGCCUUUCAUAAACUCAAACUCACCAAUAACAUGUCCGAUAACCAUGGGUUUACAAUUUUGAAUUCCAUGCACAAGUACCAACCCAGAUUUCAUAUUGUGAAGGCGAAUGACAUAAUGAAGCUUCCUUAUAGCACCUUCCGGACUUAUGUUUUCCCAGAGACAGAAUUCAUCGCUGUCACUGCUUAUCAAAAUGAAAAGAUUACACAACUAAAAAUUGACAACAAUCCCUUUGCCAAAGGAUUCAGAGAUACAGGAAAUGGGAGACGUGAAAAGAGAAAUAAACAGUUAAACAUUUCUUCACUGAAUGGAAACCAAAGCAAAGCAGACCAGGACUUUGCUGAUUCUGAUGAUUCCUAUGAGCAGCCCAGUACCAGUGAGCCUUUUUAUUCCCCACAACUAAUAAGCAGCCCUCUGAUGCCCACAUCAACUUGUCAAGACGAGACCAACGUUGUCAGUGAUUCAGACGUUGAUCCACUAGAUGACUGCAACGCUGAAGGCAGCUGCUCCAGGAGAGAACACACAUUGGGUUUAAGUCUGAGAAGUGAAGAGAUACUGUGGAACAACAUCACCUCUUCAGCUCCGUUCAAACGUCAACUGUCACAGCAAAUGCUAGCAUCUCAGGGGAUUUCACCAUCACCCUAUGGAGGACUUUUCUCAUAUCCAUACCGCUACAUGGCAGCACCAGGUUCAGUCACACCAGCCCUUUCAUUCUGCACUGCAGCCUCGUCGCACUCCAGAAGCCAACGUUACAGCAACUCUCGACCAUGGAAAAGGUCAGCCUAUGUGGCUGCUCCUUAUGACCCAUCUUUGUACUGA